AUGGCACCGCCAAAGACUGCUUGGAAUAAGAUUGUAACUAAUGCACCAUCACAGAAGAAUAGCUCAGAUGCCCUGGGAAAGUCUCCUGCAAAGUCUCUCGCUAAGGAGAACAAGCCCGGAAAGCAGCCUGCGCUGUCCCAGCAUGUCGAUAACAAUGAGCAGGCCCAGGAAGACGAAGUCGAAGUCCUGAAAGCUGUUUUCAUGGAGGACUUUGAAGAGGUGGAGGUUAGGGGAGCUUGGAGUAAAACGACCGACCGCGCGUUGCGUUUGAAACUGAAGGCUUUCUCGAGUGACGAUAUAUCCGUCACACUGUCUGCAAAGCUUACUGCUACCUAUCCUAAGUCAUUGCCUACACUGUCACUCAAGGAUACUGAGCAUCUUCGUCUGAAGACACGACAGAGGCUUGAAAGUCUUCUCAAGACGAAGCCAAAAGAGCUCGUCGGGGAGGUCAUGAUACAUGAAAUAGCCACCUCCAUCCAGGAUAUUCUCGAAGACGAGGUGGCCUUUCGUGACAAUGAUAGCACAUUUGUCAACCUCGGGGAAGAGCGAGCCGUCCACGAAGCUGUCGCUGCCCAAAUUGCGAAGCAACACGAAGAGGAACUCCAGAAGAAACGAAAUGAAGAGAAAGCCGAGGAAGAGCGGGUUCUACAGCAGAUGGUUAACGACGAAAUGAGGCGCAAAGAGAUUGUAGCAAAGAAGAAAACUCGAGCUACCGGUCAAACACCGGCUCCUUCAUACUUCCCUGAUGGGCAUAUCGUCAACCAAGUAUCUUUCGACAGGAUGAUCGUACUUGAGAACGAAGGCCGGACCAUUGAAUGUUCUGCCGUCGACGGCCUACUUCCGUUCCGUACGGGACCCGUGACAGAGCAGCUCCUAGUGAAGCCCGCUGGAAGCCCAAACGCAAUUACCCUCGUAUUGAAACGCAUCCAUGUUAGUAGUUCGAAGCCUUCAGGUAGCGCACAGCUCAAGAAGGUCAUUAUGGACUUCGAAGAGGAAGUAGAGGACUUAAAACGCUUGCGCCAGCCCAACAUAAUGAGUAUCCUUGACUUCAAGAUAGAGCCGGCUAACAAUUCUGGGUGGGAAAUCAACAUUCUAAUGGACUUGGCAAACAAGGGCUCCCUCGGCGAAAAGCUCGAGGAUGAUGGCGAGAUCGAUGUUGCGAAAGUGAGAUCCUGGACCAUCGAUCUCCUUGAAGCGCUGGAUUUCUACCAUCGCAACGGCGUGGUUCACAAGAGAAUCCACCCAAACAACAUCCUUCUCUACAAGGCCCCCAAUAGUGGUAUCUCCGUGAAACUUUCCGAUGCCGGUUUUCAAGACAGUCUUCACCAUCUGAGAGACUUAUGUCUGGGGAACCAAUAUUUUACAACAUCUAGAUCGGCCUUUUGGGUCCCGGCCGAGCUAGCUCAGGACGCCCGGCGAACAAGGAAGACAGAUGUAUGGGACCUCGGUGUUGUCUUCAACCAGAUGCUGUUCGGUCUUGAGGCACCACAAAAAUACAAUUCUCCCAAGGAACUCUCGGAUUCUCUUCAAUUAACUGAGCCUUUACAGGAGAUUAUGCGUAGAUUCUUCAAGCCCGAUCCAAAGAAGCGGCCUUCUGCAUUUGACCUUAUCCCAUGCGAGUUUCUGAGGGACGAUGUGCCUAUUUACGAACAUGCCCCAUGGCCUGUACGCUCAAGGUUGUCGUCCACUUCCCUUCCAAUCAACCGUCUCCGGCGCGAGUCUUCCGCCGGAGUUGGUGGACCUUUCUCACGGUACGCGAGUGAAUGGGUGGAAGCAGGCCGACUUGGUAAAGGUGGGUACGGCGAAGUUGUCAAAGCCCGCAACAAGACCGACGGCCGCAUUUAUGCGAUAAAGAAAAUCAAACAGAAGUCCGCUUCAGCACUCACGGAGGUUUUGUCUGAGGUCAUGCUACUUUCUCGUCUCAAUCACCCGUGUGUUGUACGGUACUACACUGCCUGGCCGGAAGAAGAGAUAUCUGGAGUUUCAGAGAAUGAGGAGGAAACAUCUGCGACUGUGACCGUGGAGGGCUCUAGUUCGGGUCCCGAUGUCUCACAUAGAGACGCUGGCGGUGACGCCUUCGGGAGGAAUACUGGCGGGUUGGACUUCAUCAGUUCCAGUGGAUAUCCAAAGAUCGAGUUCGGCACCGAUGAAGAGUCGGAUGAGGAUGAUGACGGUGCAGUUGUCUUCGCUUCUGAGUCUGAUGACGACGCCGAAGCAUCGGGUCCUGCUGAUCCCCAGUCUCCGGUAAAACUCAAACAUAGGGUCUCCAGCUCACGCCCUGCUCGUCCGGUAAAAACAACCCUGUACAUUCAAAUGGAGUUUUGUGAAAAGCAAACCCUCCGCGAUCUCAUACGAAGGGAUUUAUACGACGACCCCGAAGAGUGCUGGAGGCUAUUACGGCAGGUUCUGGAGGGCCUUGCUCAUGUUCACAGUCACGGAAUCAUUCAUCGUGACCUAAAGCCGGACAACAUCUUCAUUGACGUGGCAAAAACCCCCAAAAUAGGAGACUUUGGCCUUGCCACGAGCGGUCAAUACCAGAGGACAGACAAGGGGCCAUCGGACAGUAAUGCAGACGGAGACAUGACUCGUAGUAUCGGUACGGCUCUCUACGUUGCUCCAGAGCUGCGCUCUGACGUCACCGGUACCUAUACCGACAAAGUUGACAUGUACUCGAUGGGCAUUAUCUUCUUCGAGAUGUGUUAUCCUCUGAAGACGGCCAUGGAACGGGACCAGGUCAUUCGCCAACUCCGUGAGAGAAAACAUGCAUUGCCUAGUGAUUUCGAAACACCCGAAAAGUCCCUCCAAGGAAGCAUCAUUACAUCUCUUAUCAGCCAUAAACCAAGUGAGAGGCCGAGCUGCGCAGAGCUCCUUCGAAGCGGCAAGGUCCCCAUCCAGAUCGAGGACGAAGCUGUUAAAGAAGCGCUAAAAGCUCUGUCAGACCGUAAUUCGCCACACUACACCAAAAUGAUGGCUGCUAUAUUCUCGCAGAACCCCGAUACGCAGGUGAAGGACUUUGCUUGGGAUAUGGGGGUUGGCGCGGGUUCUCAUAGCAUUAAAGCCAACGAUGUGAUGCUGCAGAGUCUUGUCAAAGAUCGUCUAGCCGUAAUUUUCCGGGCACAUGGGGCAGUGGAGAUACAGCGCCAGCUGUUGUUACCUUGGUCAGACCACUAUACGAAUAACAACGUUGUAAAACUGUUCGACCCUUCAGGUACUCUUGUGCAGCUACCAUACGAUCUGACUCUGCCCUACGCGAGAAGUGUCGGAAGAGGCGCGCCGUUCAUUGAGAAGACUUUUACAAUCGGGUCCGUCUACCGCGACAGCUACACCGGGGGAGCGCCGCGGAGCAACGGGGAGGCCGAUUUUGACAUCUUAUCAUACGAUACCUUGGAUCUUGCCCUGAAGGAGGCUGAGGUCCUAAAAGUAAUCGAUGAGGUUGUCGAUGACUUUCCGUCUCUCGCGUCAACGCAGAUGUGCUUCCACUUGAACCAUGCCGACAUCUUAGAGAUGGUGAUGGACUUCUGCAGAAUCAACAUCCCACAGCGGCCAGCGGUGAAAGAAGUGUUGAGCAAGCUAAACAUAGCGAAGCUCAAUUGGCAGAAUAUACGAAACGAGCUACGAGCCCCGGCCGUCGGGGUAUCAUCGACCUCUUUAGAUGACCUUGCCCUGUUUGAUUGGAGAGACACCCCUGAGAGAGCAUUCUCGAAAUUACGACGUACUUUCCAAGGAACCAAAUACUUCGAUAAAACUCAUGCGAUCUUUGCACACUUGAGCUCGGUAGUCAGCUACAUGAAGCACUGGAACAUUAAGCGCAAAAUCUACGUCAGUCCACUAAGCAGCUUCAACGAAAAGUUCUACUCCGGUGGGAUCUUGUUCCAGUGCCUUUUUGACACCAAACAGCGAGAGGUUCUUGCAGCUGGCGGACGAUACGAUAAGCUGAUCGAAGAGUAUCGAUCGAAAGGGCUAGGUCAAGGCAGCCCUACUGUGGGAUACCACGGUGUUGGCAUGAACCUCGGUUGGGACCGGCUCGUGAAUUCAAUGGCACGGUAUUUGAAGAAGCCAGAGAAGUCAACUUUUCUCAAGAAGCAAGCUGAAGAGGGUAGCCCGGCUGCCUCAUGGAUGCCUCGACGAUGUGACUGUCUCAUUGCAAGCUUAGAUCCUGCAGUACUGAGAUCGACCGGAGUAAAGAUGGUCGCAGAGCUCAUUGCUCAUGGCUACACAGCUGAACUGGCCAUUGAUGCUCAUUCGAUUGAGGAUCUUCUUAGACACUACCGUGACGAGAGACACAGCUGGGUCAUUGUUAUUAAACAUGGGGUUGCAAGCGACAAGCCAGAUCUCAAAGUGAAGAGCAUUGGGAAGAAAGAGGAUACUGAUCUGCGUACUGCAGAUCUACUCGGUUACCUCCGCAACGAACUUCGCGAUCGAGAGCUGCGAGAGGGUACCGCAGCACAGCGUUUGUCCAGGGUUGCACCUCCACCUUCUUCAACCGCUCCCUCCGCUUCGAAGGCAAACGUCGACGUUCUCAUCUCGCAACAUCGCUCCAAGAAGACCAAUAAAUGGAGCAUUGUCGAGGCCGCACAAACGCGUUCAGCGGAACUGUUGUCGUCAUUUGAGAAUGCGCCAAUAGCUGCCAUCGAGACUAAAGAUGAGGUCAUGAAUUUAAUUCGUGAGACUAGGCUGAGCGAUCCUGAUGGCUGGAGAAAGGCCAUUCAAAGCUUACCACUUGGAGACCGGAAGUAUCUGCAAGACUUGCAUGAUCUGCUCCUGAAUUAUGCCGCGAAUUGGAAGGAGGUCAGUGCUGAUGGGGCUGGACGGAGCGGUGAAGGUGGGAAGGCAUUCGUGUAUAACUUCAGGACCGGUGGGUGUCUGCUCUACGACUUGGAGAGCUAGAUCGAUAGCUUUGAGCUGGUUCAAGCUCUGGUUGACGGAUUAAAUCUAGUUAGGUAGGGGACUAGCGCGCACAACUUCACAUGCAAGUAGGCCGG